AUGGCUGGUCAUUCAUCUAGUGGUAUGGGUUCUAGUUCUGCUUCAUCUACUCCUACUCGUAGUGAUAGUACUAUGCCUUCCAUUGAUAAUGAUACUAUUGGAUGUGUUGGUGUUGGCACUCAAAACCCUAGUUUAGCUCUCCCACCAAAACCUAAAAAAUCUGAGCAAACAUCAAUGGUUUGGGAACAUUUUACCAAGGUAGAGGGGGGUGAUCCCGAGGAUCCUAAAUCACAAUGCAAUUAUUGCAAGAAAUUGUUUAGUUGUCACAGUAAAAGGUUAGGUACUUCAUCAAUGCUAACACAUUUGAAGAAUACUUGCAAAAAAUAUUCCAGUAAGUUUGAUAAGUCACAAUCAAAGUUAAGUUUUGAGGUUAAGAGGGAAGGCCAAAUGGCAAUGGGAGAAGGAACUGUUGGUAAUUUGGUGAUUACUAAAUACAAUGCUGGGAAAAUAAGGGAAGCAAUUGCGAAGAUGAUAAUUAAGGAUGAGUUGCCAUUUAGGUUUGUAGAAGGUGAAGGGUUUCGGGAUUUCAUGAAUAUAGUUGAGCCUAGGUUUUCAAUUCCUUCUCGUUAUACUGUGAUGAAGGAUUGUAUUAAGCUCUUCUUGUCUGAGAAGGAAAAGUUGAGGGCAAUGUUUAUGACAACUGGAGUUCGGGUUUGUCUUACCACUGAUACAUGGACUUCGGUUCAAAACCUUAAUUACAUGGUAAUCACCUCCCAUUUUAUUGAUAGUGAUUGGAACUUACACAAAAGAAUUAUAAACUUUUGUUUAAUUCCUAAUCACAAAGCUGAUACCAUUGGGGAGAAGAUUUUGUCGUGUAUGCUUGAGUGGGGUAUUCGUAACAUUUUCACUAUCACAGUUGACAAUGCUUCUACCAAUGAUGCUGCUUUGGAGUUUGUGAAGAGGAGAACUGGUAAUAAGGAGGGUGCCAUAUUAGAGAGUCGGUUUAUGCAUAUCAGGUGCUGUGCACACAUAUUAAAUCUUAUUGUGACUGAUGAUUUGAAAGAGGUAGAUGACUCCAUUGUGAGGGUUAGAAGUGCGGUGAAGUAUGUGAAGUCUUCACCUGCAAGAUUUGAAAAGUUUAAGGGUUGUAUUGAAAGAGAACAAAUUUCUUUCAAGGGUUUGUUGUGUCUUGAUGUUUCAACUAGAUGGAACUCUACAUUUUUGAUGUUGGAAGGUGCUGAAAAAUGUCAAUCUGCUUUUCAACUUAUGGAAGAGUUUGAUAAAAACUUUAAGAGUGCAUUGAAUGAGGAAAAGAAUGAGAAAGAGGGUUUGGGACCUCCUACAUGUGUUGAUUGGAAUCUGAUGAUUUUGUAUUGA